UGAAAUUAUUUCUAACUGCCAAAGUUAGUAAGGACCGUGAAGCGGAAUGAGAUACUACCACCACCGCCAUAACCAUUUGCAACUACAAUUGGUCUACAGCAUUUCCAAGCGCCGUUUCGCCACCAAAUACAGCGGCCGAGUUGUCGGCGAAGCCCAAAAUGGCCGAGCGUUUGCCAUUGAGGUGGAGACCCCAAACAUCCUCAGAGACGUUAGGGGCUAUGCCCUCCCCCGUCGAGACCUCAUCUGCAGAAUCUCCAAAAUCCUCCAAUCUCCUUCCUCCGACCCUUUUCUUGAACUCUCCGAUUACCUGCAGACCUUGGGCCUAAGUCUAACCCCUUCGGAAGCCAGCGAAGUCCUCAAAGCUCUCCGGACCCCUCGAAAAGCCCUCGAUUUCUUCCGCUUUUGUGCUUCUUCUGUUCCUGGUUUCCGCCAUGAUUGUUUUACCUUCAAUAGAAUUCUCACCAUAUUGUCUAAAUCUUCGGCACCUGAUGCACUGGAUAUGGUUCGUAGAAUUGUCGAUGAGAUGGAACGGUCCGGUGUUAGAGGUAGCAUCUCCACUGUUAAUAUCUUGAUUGGGAUCUUUGGGAGCGGCACUGAGGGGGUUGGGGAAUUGGAAAGGUGCUUGGGCUUGGUCAAGAAAUGGGAUUUGAGGUUCAAUUGUUAUACGUACAAGUGUCUUCUUCAGGCUUACUUGAGGUCUAAUCAAUGUGCAAGAGCGUUUGAGGUUUAUGUGGAAAUGAGGAGGCGUGGAUAUAUCCUGGACAUUUUUGCCUAUAAUAUGCUUCUGGACUUUCUUGCCAAAGAUGAAAAGGUUGAGCAGGCUUCCAAGGUUUUUGCAGAUAUGAAGCGGAAGAAUUGUGAACCUGAUGAAUAUACAUACACAAUUAUGAUAAGAAUGACGGGAAAGAGUGGGAAACCAGAUGAGUCCCUUUCUCUUUUCCAGGAGAUGAUUAAAAAGGGAUGCACCCCUAACUUGAUUGCCUUUAAUACUAUCAUCCAGUCACUAGCUAGGAACCUGAUGGUGGAGAAAACAAUCUUUAUAUUCAAUAAAAUGGUUGAGAGCAAUUGUCGGCCCAAUGAGUUUACAUAUAGUGUUAUUUUGAAUGUUCUGGCUGCGGAAGGGAAGCUUGGUAGACUAGAUGAGAUUGUUCAAGUAUCAAAGAAAUACAUGAACAAGUCAAUUUAUGCAUAUCUUGUAAGGACACUAAACAAAUUAGGCCAUGCCAAUGAGGCCCACAGGCUGUUUUGCAACAUGUGGAACUUUGAGGACAGUGGGGAUAGGGAUGCUUAUAUGUCGAUGUUAGACAGCUUAUGCAAUGCAGGCAAAACUGUAGAGGCCUUGGACUUGCUUGAUAGGAUUCAUGAAAAAGGAAUAAUUAUUGAUACUGUCAUGUAUAACAUUGUAUUCUCAGCUCUCGGAAAGUUGAAACAAAUAUCCCAUAUUCAUGAUCUUUAUGAAAAGAUGAAGAAAGAUGGCCCUUCGCCAGACAUAUUCACCUACAAUAUCAUGAUUUCCAGCUUUGGUAGAGCUGGAAGAGUUGAUGAAGCAGUUAGACUUUUUGAGGAAAUGGAGAAUAGCACUUGUAAACCUGAUGUUAUCACUUACAAUUCUUUGAUUAAUUAUCUUGGGAAGAAUGGUGACCUUGAUGAAGCUCACAUGCGAUUCAAGGAAAUGCAAGAGAAGGGGUUGAAUCCUGAUGUUAUAACAUAUAGCACACUCAUUGAGUGCUUUGGAAAGACGAGUAAGGUUGAAAUGGCUUUGAGGCUGUUUGAUGAGAUGCUUGCUGAAGGUUGUUGUCCUAACAUAGUGACAUAUAAUAUCUUACUUGACUGUCUUGAGAAGAGUGGAAAGACAGCUGAAGCAUUGGAGUUGUAUGCAAAAAUAAAGCAACAAGGUCUAACUCCAGAUUCUAUCACAUAUGCUGUCCUUGAGCGCUUGCAAAGUGGUGGACAUAAGACUGUCAGAAUACGCAGGCAGAAUCCUAUUACUGGUUGGGUGGUGAGUCCUUUAAGGUGAUUCGUUCAACAACUCUUAUUGUAUCCAAUAAUUCCAGCCUACACAGAUUGUACUUGGAUUUGUUGUGAGUUGCGCUACCAUACUACUACGAAGAUUUGGGAUGCUUGUCAUUUCCUACAGGGAGUGAGAACAUGCUUUUAAUAGUUCUCUUCACUCUGAUUCUGACAUAUUUGUUCAUGACUGCCCCACUAGUUUCUAUGCUAAUUUGUUUCUGAGUAAUUGGUUAGUUCAAUACAACAGUAUGAUAUAGUUAAGGACAUGCUUGCAAUGUUUCAAUUGAAUACCAUGCUCAGAGUGAGUUCCUCUGAAGGUUUCAA